AUGGCGACGAAGGAGCAACAAUACCAGCCUCAAGCAGCUGGACAGGGAUAUCCAGCGUAUCAACAAAACUACUACCAGCAGCCCCCGCCUGCAGGCUAUCCAGCAGGAGGCUAUGGUAGUUCGCCGCCUGGUCAGUACACUUAUCCCCAAGCCUACCAACAGAACUACGGGUAUUACGGACAGCCUGCAGCCCAGACCCCCGCCGCUGCUCCUUAUGGAGCCGGAGAGGGCGGCGCUUACCCCGCCCCUCCACCCGCGGCUUACGCGUACCAGCAACACGAAGCUCCUGCAACUUAUGGAAAGAUGUCUUCACUACCGAGUACGCUACCUCCAGGAGUUCCUCCUGGAGCUGUCGACAUCGAAACGGGUUCUCAAGCGUCGGACAUGAUUACUCCCGAUGUUGAUAGGGCAAUUCGACAUGCUUUCGUGAGGAAGGUGUACGUUAUUCUUUCUAUUCAAGUCUUGUUCACAUUUGGACUCGCGACGGCCUUCACGCUGGUCAGCCCGAUGCGGACGUGGAUACAGCAGAACUCCUGGUUCCCAGUUGCACUUUCGUUUGUCGGCCUCGUUUUAAUGAUUGUCGCCCUGACACUAUUCGCCUGCCAAACGAAAGUCGACUUCACAGGCUGUGGACCUUACAUUCUGGUCGCGAUGAUUUGCUUGAUGAUGUUUGGCAUCUUUUGCAUUUUCUGGUAUUCUCGCGUCGCGAACCUCAUUUACGCGUCUCUGGCCUCGCUCCUCUUUAGCUUCCUUCUCGUCUACGACACUCAGCAAGUCGUGGGCGGAAAGCAUCGCAAGUUCCAGUACUCUAUUGACGACUACAUAUUUGCGGCGCUCUCGCUGUAUAUGGACAUCAUUGGGCUCUUCAUGAACAUUCUGAGCCUGCUUUCCAACUCGUAA